UCAACUACAUUGAAUACUCAGCUAUUGACCUGUUAGCUGUCCGAUCGUUUAAACAUACUUCUUAUUGUUUGUGUGCUUAGGGUAGGAAACUGAGUAUCUCGUGCAUAUUCUGAUAUUCACAUCAACGUUGCCUACUUUCUGAGCCUUAUUUAUAGCAUUUGUAAACGUGAGAACACGGACAACUAGGAUGGAACGCACGAUGGAAAGCAACGUGCAACCGGUGUGGAAAGACAUCUUUCGCGGGUAUGUCCAAAAAUGUGUCAUAGAUCCUGGAGCAGGACAAGUAGUCCCAAAAGAAGCUGAAGUACGAUUGGCUCUUUCGAUGUAUCUUACUCAUGAUUCACAUGGCUUCCAUCAAAGUAUCAGCGCUGGUCAGCUACUUUACCGACAUAGCGUCACCGAGCCUUUGGUUAAAUUAGUGUCAAAUAUCCUACCUAUAGGAUUACAAAAAGCUGUAUUGACGAUGUGUUCUGGUGAAAAAGCAAAGAUCUGGAUCGACCCUCUUCUGGCUUAUGGGAGUAGCACUUUGGUUUUUAGCGAUGACCCAUCCAAAGCAAUCCCGCCUAAUGCUGCGCUAUUUUAUGAGGUUCAUCUUAUAAGGUGGGAAGUUAAUGAACUCCAGUUUUGCGUCGAUCGUUGUGGCAAACUCCGAUUUUCAGCAAUGCCACAAAUAAAUGAAAUGUUAGUUCAGGCAGAAAAAGAUUUCACGGACGGGAAGGAAAAAAGCGCUUUGCAUUCCUUAUGCAAGGUUAUCAGUAUGCUAGACCGUAUGAAAAUCAGCAUGGACAAACAGGAUCAGGAACGUAAAAAAGUAAUCUUUGCUGCAUCUGUGCUCGCAUCCGUAUGUGCCCUGAAGGUUGGUAAAUACCCACAAGCCAUUACCUUCGGUAGGCGCGUACUUGAAAUCAACCCCAUGAAUGUUGAUGCUACUCAUGUACUAGCUCGUGCGUACUUCGCGCUGGGAUAUAAUAAGAGCGCAAGAUAUUUCGCACAAAGGUUAUGGUGCUAUGAUGUGGGAAAUAAACAGUACAAACACACAUAUGAUAAGAUUCGUGCGCAUGUAGCUCUCAUUGAGGGUGAGUCGGAAGGAGAUGACGAGGAAGAUGUUGACGAUUAUGAACAGUUAGCUAAGGUCAUCACAGAAAAGCGCGAGGAACCUGCCGUUCAAAAAAAACUGAUAAAAGAUUUGGAUAAACUGCUAAAUUCAGAUGAGUUUAGAGGUAUAAGUGAAAUUGAGAUUAAGGGAGGUUUUCCACCGACGCUCCUAGACUUCAUUGAGACGAAAUUGAGAAAGAACAAUCAGUUUAUUGUAAUCUCGAAAUCAUCUCCCACUUCGUUGGAGCUAACGGUAUUAUAGGAAUGGUGACUUAAUAAAGAGUUUAGAGGAAUGAAUAGUUCCAUAGAUACUCUAAUGCAAAACAUUACUUAACAAAACAAGUGACAUUUAUAGGUAAACUGUUCUUUUUCAAAUGACUGAAAUUACUGGCGCCGCUACCUUAGCAAAAAUUUGCGGAUCUGGCUGUCCCGGGAGCUUCUUUUGUGAAAUUUUUAUGAUAAAGGUAGGCAACUGAAUUAUAUGUUUGUUACACGUAGCAUUGACUGCUAUUUUAUUCAAUUUAUUUGCCUCUGGCAUAACAAUAGGUAUACAUGCAUGACGAAAUUAAUUGAAUUAAUAAUCAGUAGUAUAUUAUUUAAUCAGCAAUAAAUAACUGAUUCCGCGAUAAGCGUAAAAGGUAUACGAAAUUGUAUACGUCAAUAAAUAAAUUAACAUAACAAAAAUAAUUUUUUUGAUGCAUUUUUGUUUGAGUCUAACUGAAGCGAUCCAGGAUAAAAAGGCUUUUACAACUCCGUCAUACAACUUAAUACCUAUUUUAAAAGUAUAUAGUGAAACAUUAGCACUAGGUUAAAGCCCUAAGCGAGGCUACGUUAUUCUAUUUAACUCUUUUUCUUUAUCAACCAUUAACCAUGCAUUAAGCCGAAAAGUUCAAUUAUAUGUGCAUAGUAGAAUUUAUUUAAAAACAUAUACAUUUGUUUGUUGGAACAUAUGUCAUUUUUAACUUCUGUUUCAAAUUCAGGAAGAUUGUUAGAAUUGGCUGAUAAUACAAGGUUGUUACACGCUCUUGCAACUGCCUUGCUUGAGCCAUGUUGGGCAAACAAAAUUCUUCCUUAAAGGAUAAGUCUCGCGUGCUAUUAUGUCUAAAGUUUUGAUGACAUGCAAGGUUGAAAAUCCACUCAAUCAUGAUGCCAAUCAGUAGCUUUCUCGGCGAUCCCCGAAGACGUCGAUUUUUGCUAUGUACCUAUAUAGACUAUGGAUAUUGAAAAUUUUACGCUAAAGGCAAUCCUUCGGAGCUGAGCUUGAUCAACGCAGGCUGAGCAUAAGUCGAACUGCAUAAUUUUUAACGUCUUGAAACUUCUCAAUAAUUAUCGGAUGAGACCCACAGCCGGCUGCAAUAUAGUAACAUAAUAGAGGCUAAAUAAAAGCACAAUAGGCACACGGAGAUAGUUAAACAAGCGUUGUGAAGACGGGACAAACAUGCAACUGCUACUUUUGCCGUAGACGUAAUUUAAGUAACCAGCUUCGUCCGGUUUAUUUUUUUCUAAAGCGUAAUACCACACGACUGUAAAAAGAACAAAAGAAAAUUAGCUGAAACAUCAUUACCGCCAUCAAUGCGAACAUUUGACUGAGCUGACUGGAAGGAACGAAUUUAAUUUUAUAUAUGUACAGAGUUACCUGGAGCGAAGGACAUGGUUUCCUAACAUUCUGUAGGC